UCGAUUGUGUUCUGGGCAGAGAAACAGAUCAAAUGAGAACACCAACGUGAUAAAAAAAAUUUGCUAUUUGAGCAAACAAGUGAAAGUGUUCGGUUUUAAUUUGUAAGCUCUUUUUGACGUAAAUAUGAGUUCAGCACCAAGUUCAGGAAAAAUUGGUCAUCUCCAAAGAGAACCAACUGAGAUAAAUUGCCCAUCAUGCAAUGCUGUCGGUUUGAGUACAUUACGACUGGAAGCAGUCACCUGUAUACAGAAAAUUGUUGGACUUAUUAAUUGUUGUUUAUGUUGCACUCCAAUUAAAUGGGAAGGACGUCAUGAUUACAAUCACUACUGUUCAAAAUGUGGAUGUUAUAUCGGUCGAAAUAUUCAAUUAAGUUGGUAUAAACGAAAACUAUUCAAAUCAAGACAUGCAGCACUCGAUGAAGAUAUGCAAUGGCGAAAUUACCAAAGACAAAAAAGUACCGAACAAAAUAAAACUGAACAAUCUGAACCAUAAUUAAGUGAAAAACAAUAAAUUUGCCACGUUGUCAUUCAUUGUAUAAUAAACAAUAAAUAUUAUAAUUA